AUGAAUUACCCCUAUAUAUGCUCGUCGUGUAGACAGUCGCUGCGACAAGUACUCAAGACAUCGUUCGGACACGAUGUCAUUCACCAGAGGACAUAUACCCGUCCCACCUUCGCCCCCAAACCAACCUUGAAUCUCAAGCACAUCCGCCAAAAUCCUGGUCUCUACGAACAAAAUGCCAACGAUAGGAACUAUGCUCCCUUCGCCCGCAAUGGCUGGAAGAUACUCGAGGCACAUGAAAAGCUAGUCGCGCAACAGAAGGAAGCCGUAGAGCUUCGACAGCGGAAUAAUGCUCUGGCCAAGGAGCUCAAGAAGCCCGAGGAGGCGCGGGUGGGAUUGAGGAGUAUCUUGCUUGAUGAAGCGAAAAUAUUGAAGGGGAAGCUGGCGGUCUUUGAGCGGGAGGAGAAGGAGGCGCAGGACGAGAUGGAGAGGUGGGCGUUGGAGUUGCCCAAUCUGAGUUCUUUGCAAACGCCUGUGGGCCACGAACCGCAUGUUUUCAGAUAUCUCAAUGGCGAUGCUCCACCCACGAGUAGGGGCACGAAGUCACAUGUCGAGAUUGGACGAGAACUGGAUCUUCUGGAUUUCGAGGCUAGUGCUACGACGAGUGGUUGGGGUUGGUACUUUCUCAAAAACGAGGCUGCCUUACUGGAGCAAGCACUCAUUCAGUACGCACUCAGCGUAGCCAUGAAAAGAGGCUGGAAAGUCAUGACGCCUCCUUCUCUGGUCUAUGGUCAUAUAGCCAGUGCUUGCGGCUUCAUGCCAAGGGAUACGAACGGCGAAACACAAAUCUACAAUAUCGGUAAUCAAGACACCACAGGUCCGAGUCUUGUGUUGGCAGGCACAGCAGAGAUCCCUUUCGCUGGCUCUCAGGCCAACAAAACAAUUCCUGAAUCUGCCGUUCCGCUUAAAGUCAUCGGCCCUUCACGCUGUUAUCGCGCUGAAGCUGGUGCUAGAGGCGUAGAUACCAAGGGCCUCUACCGCGUCCACGAAUUCACGAAAGUGGAGAUGUUCGCUUGGACUGCUCCUCCUGCUGCAAGCGAAGGUGGCUUCGAUGUCGCAUCCGACGACCUUACGCCUUCAGAGGUUGUGUUCAACGAAAUGCUAGACAUCCAGACCGAGAUCCUCACUUCCCUCGGCCUGCACGCACGAGUCUUGGAAAUGCCUACCACCGACCUCGGCGCCUCUGCUACGAGGAAAGUCGAUAUUGAAGCCUACUUCGGUUCCCGGACAGCAAUCGAUCAGGGCUAUGGCGAGGUGACUAGCGCGAGUAUAUGCACGGAUUACCAGGCUCGAAGACUCAACACGAAGGUUAAGUUUGAGAAGGGGGAGGUCAAAACCGGGUUAGCCCAUACGGUCAAUGGGACUGCGGUAGCCAUUCCGAGGAUUUUGGCGGCGGUGCUGGAGAAUGGGUGGGACGAGGGGAGGGGGGGUGUGGUGGUGCCCGAGUGUUUGAGGAGGUGGAUGCCUGGCGAGCAGAGGUUCAUUGGGCGGAAAGGGUAA